AUGGCUUUCGUACAGAGAUACGAUAGGAAUAGGCGGCGAGUCGCGAAAAUGAGAGGGAUAUCAUCAUCGUCUCUUGACCAGCCUUUACCUCAGAAUAAGGGACAGUAGUUCAACUAUAUACUCGGACUAUAUGCAAAAUGGGAACACAGAGUAUGGAAAGCAAUGUUAUGCUACAGCUUGCCACUGAAGCCUUUCAAGCUAAAAACUUUGAGCUCGCCGCUGAGAUCUACGAAUGCCAACUAGUGGAUUAUAGCGACGUUGUCAGUCAACACGAGCUGCUUGUGAAAUGGGCUGAUGCUCUAGCUUUUGGUGGCAAGCUAAGCGAAGCAUUCGAGAUCUACCAGAAAGCAUCCAAAAUCAACAGGCUACGAUCAACACACCUCGAAAAUCUCAUCGUAUGUUUGACCAACAGCAUUAGAAGCAAAGAGGGGUUUGUCGGGCAAAAGUUCCAACGAGGACAAGCGGAAGGAUGUGGCAACGAUGCUUUUGUUUGUCGGAUCUGUGUGGGAUUUCUAUACGAACCGGUUACCUUACCUUGUGGACAUUGCUUUUGUAAAAAGUGCCUGGACAAGGAGAAGAGGCCAGUUUGCUGCAGACAAUGUAAAGACGACUCCAGGCUCACUGAUCUGCCAAAUUACAGAGUUAAUGUAAUUCUGAGCAACUUGUUGACGAAGUGGUUUCCUUCUCGGUUGCUUACAGUGCAACUGAGGCACGAGGGCAAUGCACUGUAUGCAGAAAAUAAACUGGAAAUUGCGUUAGAAAAGUACAAUGAAGGAAUCGCUAUAGAUCCUAGGGACCACUUGCUCUUUUUCGACCGCUCCUUGAUAAACUCCAGUCUAAAAAACAAUGAAGCUGCCCUCACUGAUGCAGAGAUGGCCUGUAAACUCCAACCGUAUUGGCUGAAGGGACGUCUGAGGAAGGCACAAGCACUAACAGCACUGAGAAAGACAGAAGAGGCUUUAACAGAAUACCUAUUCUGCAUUACUUUAGACCCAGAAAACAAGCUGGCAAAUUUAGAUGCUCAAAGGCUGCUCAGUGACAUCUUUGAUCCGCUUCCCGAUCAAGUCCAGGAGAGACUACCUGACUACAUGCCUCUGCUGUCCUCAAGGACGAGGAUAAAAGGAAAUCUGACAACCACUUUCAGCUCAAACUGCAGCACAAGCUCCCCUGAGCUCUACAAGGGGAAUCGUACAAAUGAUGACAGCUUGCACGGGAAAUCAAUGUCACUGUCAGGAAAAGAGACUGCAUCCACAGACUUCAAUUCGGCAUGCUGUGGGGACAAAUGUGAAAAGGGGCAUGUUUGUGGUGUCUUUCGCCAGUCUGCAAUCAACAGAAGCCAGCUCACCAAGCGUAAACCGGUCUGGGAAGAGGAAGGCAAUGCAGGAAGUGAUGGGUCACCAUGCAAGCGCUUUAAAUCCGAAGUGAAAGUGGAGACAACUUCUUGGUGUCCAGUGGCCAGGGAACUCAUCGAUGCUUCUGACUUGGAGUGCUCUUUGUGCAUGAGGCUUUUCUAUGAACCAGUCACCACUCCCUGUGGCCACUCCUUCUGCCUGAAAUGCCUGGAGAGAUGCUUGGACCAUAAUGCCAAGUGCCCACUAUGCAAAGAGGAUCUCUCUGAGUAUCUGGCCCAGCGGCAAUAUAGUAAAACCAUUCUGAUGGAAAACCUCAUCGCCAAAUAUCUUCCAGAGGAGCUAGCUGAGAGACGGAUUAACAAUGACGAGGAGAUUGCUGAGCUGUCCAAUUUAAACAAGAAUGUGCCUAUAUUUGUCUGCACCAUGGCCUUUCCCACGGUACCUUGUCCCCUGCAUAUAUUUGAGCCCUGCUAUCGGCUUAUGGUGCGCAGAUGCAUGGAGACUGGGACCAACCAAUUUGGCAUGUGCCUCAGCGAUUCUGUUAAUGGAUUUUCAAAUUACGGCUGCAUAUUGGAGAUCCGGAGCGUUGAGUUCUUCGCAGAUGGUCGCUCUGUUGUGGACACAAUCGGUAGAAGGAGAUUUAAAGUCAUCCAGCACCGCAAACUGGAUGGCUAUAACACUGCAGACAUCGAGUACCUGGAAGACAAGAAGGUGGGUGGACCAGAAGAAGUUGAGCUGAGAACCCUCCAUAAUCGUGUUUAUGAUCAGGCCCUGUCCUGGCUCAACUCCCUCAAGGCCCAACAGAAGGAUCGCAUCAUUGGCCAUUUUGGACCCAUGCCGGAGAAGGACCUAGACCCACAGAUCAGCCCCAACGGACCGUCCUGGUGCUGGUGGCUCUUGGCGGUUAUGCCCCUGGAGGGCCGAGCCCAGCUGCCCUUCCUGGCUCUCACCUCCCUCAAGGAUCGGCUGUCGGGGAUUCGGAGGGUGCUCAUCUUCAUGUCCCGAUGCCGGUCUCGGUGACUUCCCCCUUCUUCCUGCCCGUUCUCCCCUUCUUCAUAUGUGUAUACAUCCAGUUCGGUCUGCACAUAUCUGCACAGCCUUCUUUACACUACUUAUUCAAAUGCCUCCCACACAACCUGUGCCUCUUAAUGGAUGAGUUUUAAAAAAAGGAAAGCUGCUGAUGUUUACAUUACAUUCGGUUUCAGUUUCAGUUCAUGAGCCCAGGUGUGCUGUCGUCUCAUUAUGAAAAGAGUUAACUGUGUUUAGCUCUCGGGUUUACUAUGAAAUGACUUCUGCAUUAAGUUCAGUGGUCAGUUAGUAAGAAAUUUAUGUAAAUACACAGGAUUAAGAGAAUUCCAAGUUUGCAGUUGGGUAUAUUAUUUAAUUAUUGGUGCCUAAUGCACCUGUUUUGAAGACAAAAGCAGUCUUCUUUGCAGAAACUGCUCCUUAUUUUAUGGUACAGACAUUUUAAUUGGAGUCUGAAGUCAAGAUGAUAAAGUAUUAAAUGCUGCUACGGUCAAAUGUGGACACUUUGACUGCACCUGUAUCCACUAAAUUAUUUAACCAUAUAUAUAUAAUAUAUUUUAGAAAUCCUUCUACCACUCUCAUUCUACUACUCUCUGGGCCAGAACUGAAAGAAUAAAGAAAGGUUUUAAUGAUUUGUAGAAUAUCAUCAUGGGACAAUUCACUGUCCACAAGAUAGUGAUAGCUUCUGCUGCUUUAACUUUAGGUUACAGGAUUAAAUAUGCAUUGAAUGUAUACAAUAAAAUAAUAACAUUGUUCAGUUUUUAAAAAAUGGUAAACCAUGAAUCUCUAAACCAAAACAACAGAGUUGAGUUUAAACUAGAUUAUUCCAGUUUAAUUUUUUUAAAGGGCAAAAUAGGGAAACUGAAAUGAGGUGUAUUAAUAUUUACAAGAGUUUGUGAAAAUGUAUAAUUAUUUUAGACAUUGAACAUAAUAUUCCAACAUAAUUGUCAAUACAUUUAAUCUAUAGAAUUGUAACAUUUUAGUCUUGUUGCCUAUUUGUUUUCUAUGCAAGUGAUUGUCAAUUUCAUAAACCUCUGAAAAGAAACAAAUCUGAUAUUUUGUUGCAUUGCUGUGCACUAAACUGGGGGAAAUGACCUGUUAUCUUGAAAAGCAAAUUAGUGCAUUUCAGGGCAAUUUAAGUGCCGUGAAAGGUUUGUCUGUUUCCACUUAAACACGAAAUGUGCUCUGUACUGACUCUUCAGACCUCUAUUUUGGAGGUUAAAAAAAUCCAUUGUCUGCCAUGCUCCAUCUAAUUUUAAGUAUAUGAGAAGUAUUUUAUGCUGGGUUGAAAUGCUUUUUUUUCUUUUAUGUUUUUUUUCUUUCAUUUUCAUAUUUGUAUUUAUAACAUUAUUCUAAUACUUUUUCAACAUCCAGUGCCUUAGUUGAACUUCUUCCAUGACAUCUGUUCUCAUGCAAUAAUUAAGAGAUUUUAAAUUCCCUUUUGAAUGCCAGGGUUCAGCACAAGGAAGAAAAUUCCAUAGUGUGUGGAACUAGUGUUUGGUCUUAGAGUUUAGCACUUAUCUUUCUCUUCUAGAAAUAAUAUCUCUUUGAGAUAGUAUCAUGAAAUAAAGUGUAUUAUAUGUUUUGGAACCAAAAGACAAUACCAAUCAAGCCACUUCUGACUUGAAAUGUUUACAAUUGCCCCUCAGGCAACAAUGGCAUCUUUCAUCUUACAGACACAUUGUUCAUAUUAACAGAGAGAUAAUAUAUUAUAACGUGUGUAAACGUUUUCCUUUUUUAGCUUAUGUACAUUAUAGCGGAUGUUCCGAGUUUUUGAAAUGUUGAGAAAUUUCCGUGUGAAUAAAUAUGUGUACAGCCGCUUUGCUGGUGAAAGCAGUUUACAAGGUUUACAAAGUUCCAACUGAUACUGGCUUUCUUGGAUCUUUGCUCUUUCCUCCUUUCCCAAAAAUACAAAUGUACAUGACUGACCUAACUUUAUUAAAUUGUAUAUUUGAUACACUGGAUCCAGAAUAUAAUAUGUUUAUUGGGUUGUAUUUUGUAUUUAUGUAAAUCAUUGUGAAUGAAUAUUAUAUCACUGCAAUGCAUUUAGGCUAAACCCAAAUGGUAUAAACUAGAACAAACCGAUCUCGUGGUGAUCUUGAGGAUUAUUUCACGGUAAAAUAAAAUUUUUUAAAUCCA